CCCAAAACCCAAUUUCACGGCCCAAAUAUCCAUUUCCCUCUUACACCCCUGUUCAUUCGAAAAAGAAAAACCCUAAUUUUUAAAAAUAUUGAAAACAUUGCCAAAAGCUAAAUUCUCUGUGAAUUCAGAAAUCGAAUUUGUGUUUGAUUUUGUCAAUCAUGAGAGGAACUAAACGAUUUGCGGCGUCCGAUUCCAACUCGUUCACUACCGACUCACAGUUUCAGGGCAAAAGAAUAAUGGCGGGAUCAAUUUUUGAUUCACAAAAGGCUGAACAAUCCCUGCCACAAACAAUGAAGACUCCGCAGUUAGAUAUGCAAAGGGCUGAGUCAUCUAGACAGCAUGCGAGAGCUCUCAAUACUCAGUUUGCAAGUUGGGUCCAAACACAGUUACAGAACCACCCUGAUGAACUUUGGGAAGAUGGAGUUCAAGACUACUUAAACCAUUCUUCAACUAUCAAGGAUAAGUUUAGUGACAUUGUGAAUUGGCUAAAAGCUAAUUCUUCCAAUGGAGAAAAUAAAUCUGCACUGGGAUCCCAAGCUGCUUCGAAGACCCUAGAGUCAGAAACUAAGGAGAAUGAUGGUAGAUUAUCUUUUCUCAAACCUGUUGUUCCUGUGGCUAAUUCAUCUCCAGGUUUUGGGGCUGUGGCUAAUUCAUCUCCAAGUUUCGGUGGUCUGGCUAAUUCAUCUUCAAGUUUUGGUACAUCAUGGAGCUCAGGAGGUCUCUUUAACAACAAAUCUCCCUUUUCAUUUGGACUUCAAUCUUCGGUACAAACCCAAAAUUCGGUACCUGUGAAAAAUGAUGCUGCAAACGAUGUCCAAGAUGCUGAAGAUGAAGUGGAGCAGCCAAGCAGCCCAUCUGUGAAGAAGAGUGAAGAACAGGGAGUCACUUUAGUCCACGAAGUCAAAUGUAAACUUUAUGUGAAGUCAACUGAUCCAGCUGAUAAAGAUGCAUGGAAAGACAGGGGCACUGGUCAGCUUUCUAUUAAGUGUAAAGAAGGUGUUAGCAAAGGUACCCGGGAAUCCAAACCAACUAUUGUGAUACGAAAUGAUGUUGGAAAGAUUUUGCUUAAUGCAUUGUUAUAUCCAGGCAUUAAAACAAACAUGCAGAAGAACUCCAUUGUUGCAAUAUUUCAUACCUCGGGUGAUGGUGAUAAUGAUGAUGCUGUGGUCGCACGGACAUUCUUGAUAAGAACGAAAACCGGGGAGGAUCGAGAUAAAUUGGCAGCAGUCAUCCAGGAAUAUGCUCCUGCUGCCUGAGGACUACCUUGGCAGCAAUUCUUUUUCUGUACCAUACCCACCUCCGGGCUGGAUGGAUGCUUGGAAUGGAUCGCUUUACCUCUUCGACAGUUUCUUGGAAGCCUCUUGACAGUGUAGCAGUUAAAUUAUAGCUUAGCUUAUUUUGCAGUACAAAUGAACUGAUCCUGCUUUUGUGGAAAUCCUGUCCCAUCGAGAGGCUUUUACACACUGUAUUGUAUAGAGGAAAGAAUUUGAGAUGCUAGUGCCCAACAGAAAGGAAAGAAAUGUACACAUUUCUGAUUAUUGUUGGAGAAGAGAACCUAUUUCAUUCAAUUUUUC